UAUCAUUUUGAUAGUAGCCUAAUAUAGCUAAUAUAGACACUUAGAGCAUGUGUUGCCUUCAUUAUAAGGCUUAUAUAAGGCUUUUAAUUUUUUGCGGCUCCAGACAGUAUUGUUAUUUUUUUUUCUUUGGUCCAAUAUGGCUCUUUCAACAUUUUGGGUUGCCGACCCCUGCACUAGGUGGAGCCAUUACUCCAACUCCAUAUUUGACCUCGAAAUGCACCAGCCUUAAUUUUGUAGUAAAGAAUAACUCGAUGGCAACAUACUGUGUUUUGUGGAAUCACAUCCUCUGCCAUAUAUGUGUGUGCGCGACUGUGUCCUGCUUGUCUCCAUACAGGGUUGUCUGCUCCUUCUAACAAGCUGAUGUUGAAGUGCUAGGCAGGUUUUUGCCUGAAUAAGGCAGUGUUGUUUACCUCCCCCCUUUUUGCCGGAAACUUAACCCUUUCCUUUCUGUACCAAGUCAUUUGUGUGUAGGGCUAACUCUCCAGGAGAAGGAACAAAGAUUGUGUCAGAACAGUGUCAUUACAAAGUCGGAACCCCCCACAGCCACGCAUUAUUAUGUUUCUCGUGACAUCAUCUAAAGUCAAUGGUGAUGGAGAGUGUUGAGUAAAGAAGUGCGGGGAGGACAGAUUGACUGACCUAGGAUUCUCCCCAACCCUCCCAGAACGAUGUCCCUUUUUCCUCCACCUUAUUUGUACGCAAGCAAUGACUGGUCCUCUCCCCUGCCAUCCCCAACAUCUCUCCAGAUACUCUACUGAGGUAGGGUGGGGGCAGGGGUGUGGUUCUAGGCUACCACAAACCAGUCUUAGAAAGGGGAAAGAGCUGGGACUAACUGCUCAUAGGCUGAGCUGACAUGUAAUUCUGAAUUUUGUUGGGAGACAACAUCCUUGGUAAAUGUACUAAGCCAUAGUAUUGUGAGGACACCCACCAGCUGCACCCAGGAAACAGAUGGAGGUAGGACCAGAUGAGCGAGGGGCGGAGCCCACAUUGAUCCAAGAGACCUCAGAGACAACCCCCACGGAGAGCCUGUCAGACCCACUGACCAGUCAAGCCUUGGCUGCUAUAGAGGAUGAAGCAGAGCUGAAUAAACUGCUGGACAAGGCAGUCAAUUUUGAGGUCAGGCAAAUGAUCCGUGCUGCAUUGAGAGAACUGCUCAGGAGUAAGCGAGACAAGCGGGAGCAGGAGCGUGGGCCCAGGCUGCAGAGCUUGAGUAAAGCUGGCGCAGCAGGGAUGGGGUUGAAUAGAGGAGUAGGGACAAUACACUGCCAAUUCUCAGGACCCAAGACAGAAGCCAGUGUAAUGAAACCCUCUGUGGCUUCUGCCCCCCACUCCCCUGCCCCUGUCGCACCUAAUACUAAAAACAUCAAGCAGAUGUUACUGGAUUGGUGCAGGAUCAAAACAGAACCAUAUGAGGGGGUUAACAUCCAGAACUUCUCCUCCAGCUGGAGUGAUGGAAUAGCUUUCUGUGCCUUGGUUCACCGUUUUUUUCCAGACGCCUUUGAAUACUCCAUUCUCAAUCCUACCAAACGCAGGGAAAACUUUAAGCUGGCAUUUAGCACUGCUGAGAGGUUAGCAGACUGCCCCCCUCUGUUGGAUGUUAAUGACUUGCUGCGAAUGGAUGAGCCUGAUUGGAAAUGUGUGUAUACCUACAUCCAGGAGUUUUACCGCUGUCUGGUGGAGAAAGGCCUGGUCAAAACCAAGAAGAGACCCUAGCGAUGUCAGAUAUCACCUUAUCAGGAGAGGUGUAGUGUAAUAAGGUCAUGCAUGUAUCACAGAAAAAUACAUGUUUUGUGUGUUCACCAAAACUGUUGUAUAAUAGAUCGUUUUCAGUUUGAAAUUGCCUACACUUCUCAUUUGUUAUGCUUCUAGUGCUGCAUAUGCCCACAGACCAUGUCUAUGUACUGGUUGCAUGCAUUAUCUUAUGCUUAUCUGUGUAAGUGUUUCUAGAGGACAGCUGGCACUUAGGAUCAGUAUAUCAGUGUUUCCCCUACGCUGAUUUUGUCGUGGCGGCCCGCCACGGCUAAAUUUCUGCCGCCACGGUAUCAGAAAUAAAAAUCUGUACAAGAUUUUAGGCCGUUUAUCAGCAGUGAUUGUUAGAGUGCAUGUCGGAGAAUAGCACGGAAACGCGCUUCACAGCGCAGUUGAGAUUGCGUGUGUGCAUCCUUGAGAACUGUAAGUCGUAUAACUUAUGUUUUCAGUUCAUUAAAGCCUGUUAUUGUAUUAGUCUACAGUUAUUGGAAAUCUAAGUUAACUGCUGAUUUUCGUUGUUUGUAUUCUUCCCCUGCUAGCAUAAUUGCAUGUCUGUUGAUUCGAUAGCGAUUGCUGCCCUUGCUUACGUUUGUAUUUUAGGUGCAUUAUUAUGCUGAAGUACUUUUUAUUAAUAGUAGAUAUUUUGUUAUUAUUUGCUACAGAAUGCUUAGCCUAUCAAGAUCAAAUGAAGCCAACAGUGUACAUGCUUUCGAGUACCUUGAUCGAUAGGCUUGGCUACUGACCAUUUACAAUAAGUUGUUACGUCAAUUAUUAAUUGGCAGCAUAUUUCUGCCAUUUAGAACAUACUUUAAGUGGCCUAACUGUAUUGCUUUACGGAAAAUAGGACAAAAAUAUAUGCAAUACUAGAAAGGUACAUUUCCUGAAGAAAAUGUGUGUGUUUGCUGAGAACAGUUGAAGAGAUGAAUAGUGAAGGUUUUUAAAAGUUAGUAAAAGAGGUAUGUGCUUUAAAAACAAAAUGGUGAAAAAGUGUUAAAAGUAUGUCUGUCAUUGUUAUGCAUUGCAAUAAUUUCUUACUGUUGAAAAAGGAGAAAAAAAGAGUUAUGAAAACAGUAUCUUAUUGACUUUCAUACAUGUUUAAGCAUUAAAAGUUUUAACGACUGAGUAACAGAAAGAAGUUUGGAGUUAGAAAAAUGGACAAAUAUAGUGAUUAAGAUGUAUAUUGCAUAACAGUUAUCGAUAUCAUAGCAGACAAAAGUAUGUCAGCAGUAUGACUGUGAAAAAAAAGUGUUGCUUUGAAAUCAAAAUGGUGCGAUAGUGUUAAAAGUAUAUCUGUCAUUGUUAUGCAUUGCAAUAUUUUCUUACUGUUGAAAAUUGAGAAAAAACUGUGAUGAAAAGAGCAUCUUCUUUAU